UUUGCAGGAAGAUAUAUCAAUGACAGACCCUGACUUUCUGGCGACCUUGCAGACAGCUAAUCAGCCCAGUCCGGUAUCGGUUUUGGAAACACCAUUCUUAGAAGAGAAUUCAUUGAGCUAUAAGUGCUUUUUGAGUGUCACCGAUAGCUUAAAUGACGUGAAGCGGAAACUCGAAUUUAUAAAAUCGGAGUCAAGUGAAGAAUACUCUGAAGGACCGGGAAUGGUUGUUUCAAGCGAUGAUGAAAAUGAUGCAGUAGACGAGCCUUUUAAGGAUAAAGGAAAUGAAUAUUCAACAAAGUUGUUUGGAGUUGCAGUGAGUAGGGAUUUCUUCUAUUUGGUCGAUGUCUUAACCGAGGCAGGUUUUCAUUAUAGAAACCUGGAUAUAAUCUUUAACGGAUGUCAAUCUCUAGAAACUCAGAUAAGCCCGUCGGUGUUCGAGACACUAGAGAAGAAGUACGGUGAACAGAUAUCUUGGAAGAGCCCGGAUAGGAGGCUACUUUUCGACCGCAUAAAUUCAGGUCUAAUGGAAAAUUCUGUUAGGAGUCCUCAUGUGGGCAAAACCUGUUGCAAGAAGGCUCAGCUAUUCGCAGAACUCGAGAGAAAUUGUGGAAGAGCUUUACAAGUUGUUGGUUAGCCGAGAAAAUGAGGCCAAAGAUGAAGAAGAAAAGGAAUCGUCGGAGAAAGUUUUCGGAAAAGACGAUGAAUGGUUAUCCCUAGGAUAUGAUAUCGAAGCAAUCGGUAGAGAAAUAGAGAAUACAUUGAUUGAUGAACUAGCAGCAGAGAUUGUCACUUUGUUAUCCAUAUAGAUUUGGUUUUUUCAAAACAUGGUUUUGACACAUUUUUACAUGCAUCAUCAAAACCAAAAGCGAGGGUGUUUUUUUCUUUUCUUUUUUUCGAUUUUUCACAUUCGAAUGUCGCAUUUUCAUGUCAUUGAGAAAGUGAGAGAGAUGUAUGUAGGAAAAUUUUUGGUCUAUGUCAGUCGUGUUAGUGUAUUGAUUCAUUCUUUGCAUUGGUGUGAAAACUCAAGAAAAGAAAUAU